AUUGGCAGAGAGGGGUGGAGGACACUGAGUGGAGGCCAGUGGAGGGAUUGGCAGAGAGGGGUGGGGGACACUGAGUGGAGGCCAGUGGAGGGAUUGGCAGAGAGGGGUGGCAGAUACAGAACGCAGCAUUCAUGAUGGACUGAAGAGGGGAUAGCCUGCGAUUCUGUAGGCCAAUGAGGAGGCAGUUACAAUAGUCAAGGCGAGAUAUAACAAGGGAGUGGAUAAGUUGCUUAGUGGUUUCCGAAGUUAGGAACGGGCGUAUCUUGGAGAUGUUGCGGAGGUGAAGUCUACAAGAUUUGGAUAGCGAUUGUAAAGGACAGAUGGGAGUCUAG